AUGUGCGGCAGUUGGGAGUGUUCAGCAGCAUGGGCUCUCUGCUCCCUUUCCUGGGGCCACAUGAAGGUGCAGGGCUGCUCCUGCAGCUAUAAGGACUGUAAGGUGUGGCCUGGAGGCAGCCGGGCCUGGGACUGGAGAGAGACCGGGACCAACCAUAAUCCUGGAGUGCAGCCUGCCGAUCUGGAGGAGGUGCUGAAGAUAGGGGUCGACCUGCUGGUGAUCGGCAGAGGCAUGAGUGAAGCUCUGCAGGUUCCCUCCUCCACGCUGGAUUUUGUGAGGCAGAAAGGUGUGGAGGUCAGAGUGCUUCAGACGCAGGAGGCCGUGGCUGAAUACAACAAACUGGCAGGCCAGGGCGCCAAGGUGGGGGGGGUCUUCCCCUCCACCUGUUGA